AUGUUUUUUUUUCUCACGACUAUAUCGGUCAACUCAACAGCGGGGGGUGGGUUUGUGAUCAACGCAGGGCUUUCGGUGUACGUCCCUUCCUGGGAGCUCUUGUGUGCAGCGUGGGAAAUGCGAAGCAUCGUCAGCUACCCGGGCCGGCUUCAACAGGAUGUCAGGAGUAAUGACAUCGUGACGAACAGAGCGACGCUUGGGAAAAUCGAAGCAAUCUCCAUCUCAUCAGACGUGCCAAAGGACAGGGAGUGGAAUGCAAAACACAGCUGUACAGACUGGCCGCGGCGCACCGACCUUAGCCCAGUUGAUACGACCCUGCUUGUAUCGGCGAAGUCUCCGGACCGCCCCUCCUGA